GAUAUGGAUUGAUCUCCUAGGUAGGUCAGAAACGUAGAGAUUCUGGAAAUUCUUGGGGUGUUCGCCCGAACAUAUUAUUGGCUGAAGCCACAACAAACAGGAUCAUAACACUGAACAGGUGAAGAAUUUGAGGGAUUAGGCAAUGUAUACUCUGACCCGAGUAGCACAGAUCCUAUAGGUUGUAGUUUAGACUGCAUGAGAGCAAUAGAUCUGGAACAUCUACGUCAAAUGUCAGUUUUGAGGCUUGCCAGAUAUGUUGUCUUUUCUCAAAAGAGUGGAAUACGGGUGCGUUAUGCUCCGAGACUAUCACGCCCGAACACAACUACCAAGUAUUGUAUAUAGCUGUCCCCUCCACUCCUAUAUCUACACAUCUUUACCGUUCUUCGAUCUCUUCUUCUUUCCCAAUUCAAAUCCAAAGACCUUGGUUGCGACUUGCACUAGGUAGUUAUAGGACAAUGGCUCCCGUGAAGAUUAAAGGGCAAGGCGAGGCCCGAGAAAGGCCUGAACAUACUUCAAGGGAUUAUUUCUCGAGAGCCACUACCGAACCUCAUAUAUCUUCUGACAGUGUGGUGGUCGAACCUGCGACGUUAUCACAAGACCAGCUUUCGUUCACGAAUGCCUCCAUAUCUGGCGAGCGUGUACACCCUUCCUCAUAUCAGAGUUCUCACCACUUGAUUCAUCAAUGCUCUCAGGAUAGGCAGCAUGAUCUCCAAGGGAUCGGUGCGCAAUUUGGGACGUCUUUGGACGAUUUCCGCCAGACACUUUCGGCGGAUAUCCCACCAUUUCUAGACCUCACAAGCUAUUGUCCAUAUCACUCUCAGCUACUGCUAUCUGAUUUGCAAGGCGAGGGUACUUCUGCAUUAAAACAAGCAAAGGAUGCAGCCACCUACCAAUCAGAUGAUUGA